GAGGGGAAAGGGGAAGUGUGGGAAAGAGGCCUCCUGGGAGUGGAAAGGAUUGCCGGCAGAUAGAGAGGAGAGAGAGGGACAGCCAGCCUGAUCUGUCUUCCUACCCACCACCACCACCAUCAGCUGAGCUAUGAGCCAAAGCAGGGAUUUACAGGGAGGAAAAGCUUUCGGACUGCUGAAGGCUCGGCAGGAAGAGAGGCUGGAAGAGAUCAACAAGCAAUUCUUAGAUGAUCCCAAAUACAGCAGUGAUGAGGAUCUGCCCUCCAAACUAGAAGUCUUCAAGAAGAAGUACAUGGAGUUUGAUCUGAACGGAAAUGGAGAUAUCGAUACCAUGUCCCUGAAGCGAAUGCUGGAGAAACUCGGGGUCCCCAAGACCCACCUAGAGAUAAAGAAAUUAAUUAGAGAAGUAUCUAGUGGCUCUGAAGAGACCUUCAGCUACUCUGAUUUUCUCAGAAUGAUGCUGGGGAAGAGAUCUGCCAUCCUGAAAAUGAUCCUGAUGUAUGAGGAAAAAAACAGAGAACAGCAAAAGCCCACUGGCCCCCCAGCCAAGAAGGCUAUUUCUGAGUUGCCCUAAGUGGAGGUGGAUGUGUACACAGUGGGACUGAAGAGGCUUCUAAGGACCACAGCAUGGAAGGAAAAGAAGACAUGAUCAUGAGCCUCAGUCAAAAUAAAUAAUCCUCCCUACUAGAUCA